GGCGUGCAGGGUCUUUACCUCAUCGGCUCAGUUUUGGGAGAUGAUGAUGUGAGGGAGAGGGCUGUCACCGCUUGAUAACUCCAGCCCCCCACCUCACUCCCCGCGCGUCAUGAUCGGACACACAGCGGGACCUGCUCAUGAGCGCAGCCCUUCAGCUCCUCUCCUCCUCAGCCUGGCGCAAGCGGCGCGCGCGUGAUCGCUGAGGUCUGGCACUAACGAACACGCACGCACACACGUGCGCGCGCAGAGGCUGCCCCUGUUCUUCGUUGCACUCCUCUCUCAGGCGCAUUCCUCCAAGGCUUCUCCUUCCUGCGGACCGGAAUAAGCGUCAACCGCGCGGACAGAGUUGGUCGGUUCGGUGAAUGUGUCGACCUCCCGCGCGCCUCCCUGCAGCGCGCACAGCGGAGCUGCUGGACCAGGAGCUGUUCCGCUUCUGUCCGUUUUAACACACAGCAGGAUGGCUCUCCUCGGGAUGGUUCUCCUCCUUCUCCUGGCAGGUGUGCUGCCAUCCUCAGGACACAUGUUUCCUUUCCCUCCAUCCACCUCAGACUGCGUGAAAGCUCAUCAAGUUUGCUUGGCUGACCCCCAGUGCGAGGCGUUGUACCGAGGUCUGGAGCUGUGUGCAGCCGAUGCGGCCUUCUCUGCACUGGGGGAGCAGGUGGCGUCUGAGUGUCUAGAGCGGCAGGACGCCCUGCUGGCCAAACAUCCGUCCCUGCUGACAUGCAAGUGUCAACGGGGGUCACGCAAAGAGAAGCGCUGCCUGCGGAUUUACUGGAGGGUUCGUCUGCUGCCAGGGAAUGAAGAGCCAGAAGUUUCUCCAUAUGAUGACACAUUGACUGACUCUCGGUUAGCCUCAUUGGUUGCAGCUUCAUCCUUGCAGCUGGACGGGGAAAACCAGUGCCUCAAGGCGGCGCAGGAUUGUGGUCUCUUUGAGAAGUGUGGUUCUCUGCGAUCUGAGUAUGUUCUGGCAUGCACCAAGCCUCACUCCGGCACCAACCGAUGCAACCAAAAUAAGUGCCAUCGGUUCCUGCGGCGCUUCCUAGAGCGGGUGCCCGAGGAGUACAGCAUGGGGUUGCUGUUCUGCCCCUGCACCAAUGCUCUGUGUGGUGAGCGAAGAAGGAAGACCAUCGUACCCUCCUGCUCUUAUCAGGUCGCGGACGGCGUGCAGCCAAACUGCCUCCACCAGCAGAGCUUCUGUCGCCGCGAUGACACCUGCAGGUCCAGACUGGCUGAUUUUCUCAGCAAUUGCCAGCCGUCUCAUCUGACAGCCAGUGGCUGUCUGAAGGACUCCACAGGCCUCUGCCUGCGAGCGUAUGCUGGACUCAUUGGAACCAUAAUGACACCCAACUACAUCAGUAACAGCUCAGCUGAUGUGUCACUGUGGUGCAACUGCGAAGGGAGUGGUAACCAGUGGCCUGACUGCCUAAAACUACAACACCUCUUCACAGACAACAGAUGUCUGCGUAACUCUAUCAACAGGAUAGGGAGUCCCAAAUUGCUGCCGUCAGACACCACUCAGCUUCCUGGCCCCCGCCCCUCGCCGCUUGUUCAGGAGGACGAGCUGCAUAGCAGCAACCACCUCCCGGACCUCAGCAACAAUGUGAUGGAUAGUGAUGAAGAAGAGGAAUUGGCUCAGGCACUGGAGGAGGAACCUGAAGAGGACAACCAGUUUGAUGUGAUCCAGCUGUACUCAGAGAAGGCCACUGUCUCCAGCCUGGGUGCCCCAGGGACAGGGGGUGCAGAAUCUCCAAUCUUUGGCUGUGCUUCACCAGCUCUGCUGCUGGUUCUUCUGCUAUCAGCGUCACUUAACUGGGGGUAGAUCUGAUGAACAGUGUACACACAUAAACACACACACACACACACACAAUGACCUCACAUCCCUGGAUUUAAACGUAGAAGAAUGAUAAUGAAGAAAUGGACUUCAUCUUUGUUUGUAAUCCCCCUUCCCAAUUCUGUCUUCAUUGUCCCUUUGUGAACAGCAAGCAGAGUCAUUCUGGUUUGUCUGGGAGGGGGUGGGGAUGGGAUCUUUAUGAUCCUUGACUCCCAUGUACAUAUGAACUUUGCUCCAUUUGCCGGAACUGAUGCAAGAGCAGCUGCAGCUGGGAGGAGAAAGGACAAUUCGUCUUCAUCGGCUAUCAUUAUUCCAGUCUCAUGUCACUCAGCUUCAGAAAUGAAAGAUGGAGCGACAAAGCGCGAGCAGGAGAAACGAGGGAAACGCUGACCGCUGCUUCAUUGCUGUCUAAGCUGCUGCCCUGAAAUAUGUGUAAAUUACCUAUUCAGGUGUGUCUUUCCAUGGUUACUCUCAUUUCGAUGAAGCCUAGAAUUCAUGGGAACAGCUGUGUAAAGUUUAUUCUCACAGAAAAACAGAAACACUAAAGACUGACCAGAAAAUAUAAAAAAAAGCAUGAAAUGAAGAGUCUGUGAAAGUGAGCAUCCACUUCAGAGCAGUAGUUCCAAGUCAACUAAGCAAGCUGUUCUGUUUCAACAUCAGUUUGUUCAAUGUCAACAUGGCUUCACUCUACUGCAUCAAUAAACAUGUCAACAUUCAACUGAA